UCACAGAUCAGUUUCCUUUGCUGAUGACCAAAAGGGUUUUCUGGAAAGGCAUUUUAGAGGAGCAGCUGUGGUUUAUCAAGUGUUCGACCGCUGCCAGAGAGCUGUCGGAGAAGGGUGUGAGGAUCUGGGAUGCUAACGGCUUCAGGGAGUUUCUGGAUAAGAGCGGCUUCACCCAUCGAGAGGAAGGAGAUCUGGGUCCCGUGUAUGGCUUUCAGUGGAGGCACUUUGGAGCUGAAUACAAAGACAUGCACACUGAUUACUCUGGGCAAGGUGUUGACCAGUUACAGAAAGUGAUCGACAGCAUCAGGUCGAACCCAGAGGACCGGAGGAUCAUCAUGUGUGCGUGGAACCCCAAAGAAUGAUGACGAGCAGCAAAACGACUCUUGCUUUCCUCAUCUACGGGCUCCUCGUACAAUGCCACGUGUGUUCGCCGUUGAGUUACCCGAGCAUCAGGAUGGAGACCGCAGGAUUUGACGAGGAGGGACACUCAUUAACGGAUCUGACCUUUGACAGUGACCAGAUCUCUAUUCGAAGCUCUCCUUCAGUCACUGAAGACGCACUCACGUUAUACAGUCCUCCAUCGAAAAGACUGGAAAGGCACGCUGACGGGAUGUUUAAUAAAGCCUAUCGGAAAGCGCUCGGACAGUUAUCCGCGCGGAAAUACCUGCAUACACUGAUGGCCAAACGCGUGGGGGGAGGAAGCACGAUAGAGGACGACACCGAGCCGCUCUCAAAGCGUCACUCGGACGGGGUUUUCACCGACAGCUACAGUCACUACCGGAAGCAGAUGGCCGUGAAGAAGUAUCUGGCCGCAGUCCUGGGCAAAAGCCCUGAAGACUUAGAUUUGCACCAAUUGCUACAAGAGGUAGACUUUGGUGUGUUCCCGGAUGGGGAUGAGAUUGAGGCAUUUUUAUUGGAUUGGCUGAGACAGUUCCCUCCUGAAUUCCCGGCUUUGUGACACAGGAGGCAGCCAGCGGCUUGGGUGCCUUUGCUUCAUCUUUAAAAUGGCCACCAAUUUCAGAUGGCACUUAAGUGGCCCUCCACAUGCUGCAAUCACCUGCUCACACAUCUCCUAUUUCUCACAUAACAUACUUUGUUCAAAUGCCACCUGGCUUUCUGGUUAUUCGAUUUAACUUCUCUAUGCAUAGUGUGUUGUAGCAUUUAUUACACAUUCUCAGCCUUGAAAUUCAUUUUGUGUGCGGAGACUGAUAAGUGUCCAAAGCCUUACUUAAACAUUAAGAUAAAUCUCUGUCUUGUGUUGAUCAUUA